CUCUAUUCCUGACUAAAGCAAUUCAAUGGAGAAACGCAGAGAUUAGGGCAGAAGAAAAUGUAAGAGAUGGAGCCCAGCCUAUUUCCUCGUUGAGCUUUCCUCCACGGAUGUGGAAGCUCUUCCUGCACUAGCUCAGAUCAAGGUUGCAGAAGAUAUCUUGGAAUCUCACUCUGACAGUGUAAUCCUCUCUUUCCUAAGAAACCCUCCCCACUUAGCCAAACCCUCAUUCCUUUGAAUCUUUUUCGAACAUUCUGGUUGAAGAAAGAGAGAACUUCUACCAGCUACAAUCCCCAAUCCACUUUGGGUUAUGGCUGAAAAGAGCGUGGAAAUUAGUUCUGUUCGUCCGGCGAAAGAAAGAGUUAUAACUACAUCAAUUUCUGAUGAGGACAGAAUUUCUAAGCUGCCCGAUUCAGUCAUUGUACACAUCCUGUCGUUUCUCCCCACUCAUAAUGUCGUUCUGACAUGCCUCCUUUCGAAGCGUUGGAAGUUCAUGUGGUAUUCAGUCCCCAAGCUCUACUUAUCUGAUAAUGAUUGGUCCCCAGAAAAGUUCUUCAAUUAUGUCGACAGUUGCUUGGAACACCGCAAGAAGGGUAUGUAUUUUAUCGUGGAUUCUGUCAUAACUAGUUUUAAGCUUAAGAUGAAUUGCUAUCGCACAAGCAAAGCCACUCGCCUAGAUAAAUGGUUAGAUUUUGCAGUUGAGAAUAAAGUCAAGGAAAUAAAUCUUGACUUGAAUUUUUGCGACGAAGGGGGUUAUUACUGCAUACCUAAAGUAUUAGUCAACUUAAAACAUUUGGUUAUUUUGGAGUUGGAUGGGUUAACGUUGAAGACUGGUUAUUCAGUUAGACUUCCAGCAUUGAAAACUUUGUCAUUCACAUAUAUUUACUUUGAAGAGAAUGAUGCGAUAUGUAACUUUUUGUGGGGUUGCCCUUCCCUUGAGAAAUUGUUGUUAUCGUGGUGUGAUUUAAGUCGAAUUGGUGAUGUGCUCUGUUUACAAAGUUUAAGCCUUAAGUUCAUAAAAAUUGAAUAUGAGGAUAGUGUGUUACCUAUUCAAGUUGAAGCCAUAAAUCUAGAGUCUUUGGAACUGGGCAGCUUUAUCUUUGAAAACUCCGAUCUUUCUACAUGCAAGGGAAUUAGAAAUCUCUCACUAGAUUUUUAUGGUUUGCCUAUGAAAGGUAAAGACCCGUCUUCAUUAGAGUAUCUCAUUUCAAACCUUCCACUUCUAGAGAAUUUGACUUUCACUUUGAACGACUCCCAUGAAUUGAUGAAGUUGGAGCAUAUUAAAAUCUCGAAUCAACAAGUUUAAAUUUGAAGAAUAGGUAUAGUGGAGAUGAUUAUGAAAUGAAUGUUAUAAUUGAAUCAGCUCCACAAUUAGUAUCUUUUUGUUAUGAAGGUAAUAUCAACUUUAGUAUAUCAACGGAGUCAUCUAAUUUGUUGAAUGGAAAAUUUAUAAUUCUUGAGCAGCAUGAGAAUUACGACGCAAAUUGGUUUACCGCUCUGAUGAAUUUUCUUCUUAAUCUUAAUUGUUCUUGGAAUAUUGUGACUCUGCAUGUUAGGUCAGAUAAGGUUAUCAUCUUGCCAAAAAAAUUCAAAAGAAUGUGUCAAUCUCCCUUGCUUAAUUGGAAGCACCUCAGCGUUAUUACUGAUCAGAAGUCUGAGAGAGAAUCGGAGUUGGAAGAUAUUUUGAUAUGGAUUUCACACUCGUUGGAAACAUUAUCUAUUAAUGGAAAGAUCAUAUUUUAGCUCUGUAACUGUUGAUUAAGAAUGGUGAUUUUUAUUUGUUUUAUCUGCUAAGUGCUACCUUAGUCCUUUUGAGACUAUUAUCAGUAGCUUAGUACAAAUUAAUUUGAUUACUUAGCCUUUGAAUG